CCCAGUCUGUAAAAUUGAGCAGCUGCGUGCCUGAACUUAUGACAAGGUGUGUUGGUGUGUGAAAGCGGUUGUUUGUGUGUGCACGCCCGGCACUGAGAAUGGGUGUCCAGUGUCUUGGUGAGGUGGGGCGGGGUCCUAGUCCAGAGUCCAGCGACGGUGGACUCCUCAGGCUCCCGAUUUCCCAUGGCUCUCCAGCGCCCCGCCCCCGGAGUCUGGCUGUAAGGAAGGUGGGAGACACCUGUUGGGGGGUUGAGAGAAGCAGAGCCCACAGGGGCCUCUCCCCCCUGCAUCCCCGCCCGCCUUCCGGGGCUCGGGUCCCGCCCCCGCGACCGCAGCCAGCAGAUCUGCCGCGAGUGAGCGCGCCACUGCCAGAGGAGCGCAGGACGGCAAGAGCGCACGGCGGCGGGGACCCUGAGCCAGGAACCAAGCAAAAGCAGGGGCCGCCCCCGAGGCGGGCGGAGCAGAGGGACCGCCGUGGAGACACCCGGGGCAGCGGGCCGCGCCAGGCCGGUGAGUGCGGCUGUCGGGUGCCGGGAGCCAGAGAGCUGGGCUCAGUGACUCCGCAAGCUCUUGCCGGUCCGCCACCUCUUGCCAGCCCGUCCCGCUCCCAAUCACUGCCCCCACCGCCCUCUGUUCCUGCACCUGCUUGAUUCUUGUCCUUUGCCUGCCCUGUUUCAGUCUGUUUUUGCCUGUCUCUUCGUCUCUGUGUCUCGCCCCAUCUCUUUCUAUUACCUCUCUUCUGUCUUCUGCUGCGUCGUCGGUCUUUCCUUAUCUCUCUCAACCUGUCUCUAUUCGAUUCACUCUGUCUCUGUCUCUAUCUGGACUGCCUGUCACUUACAUCCUUUAUUUCUUGUUCCUCUCUCUUACCCUUCCUGUCAUUCUACCCAAUGUCUAUCAAUCUCAUCUUUUCCCAUCUAUGUUUCUGUCUAAUCUCUGUCUUUCUCCAUCUUGGUCUCUCUCAGGUCCACUUCAGUCUCUCCUUGUCCCAUCUCCAUCUCUAUCUGUGUAUUUCUGUUACAUUCAAUCAAUCUCCCCACCCCCUUUCUCAUAUCUCUCUUCUCCUCUCCUCUAUCUCCCUUGGUCCUUGUCACCCUCUAUGAUUUGCUUAGCCUCUCCCUGUCCUCAGUCAUGGCUAUUUCUUACUCCCUGGGUCUGGUCUCUGUAUCUCUUGUUUUUUCUCUCUCUGUCUCUAUACAUCUCUGGGAAAGCUCUGUCUUUUUUUUUUUAAGACCCCCUGCAUGUCCCUGAGUCCAUGACCACCUCCCAUGUGUUGGGGGGUGUAGGGCAACAAUGCCCAGCACCCAUAAUUCCCUCCCCCACAGAUGGCCCUUUCCUCUGGGCCCCGCCUGGUACCAGGGCCGACCCCAGCAGGGGGACUGCGCCUGGAAGCUGUAAUGGAGGUCCUGCAGAGACAGCAGGCUGCUCGUCUGGCCCAAGGGGUGGGGCCCUUGGUUCCUCCACAUCCACCGCUGCCAUCCCGACCUCCCUUUCCUAGUCCCCAGACCCUGCAGGCUCCAGAGGGGGCCUUGGGGGAAAUUGGGGCUGAUGAAGAGGAGGAUGCUGAAGAGGAUGAGGAGGGGGAGGAAGCUGGAGCAGAGCAGGAGGCAACUGAUGAGAGUUGUCCAAGGGCCCAGGGCCCCAGCUCACCUUCCAGCCAGCCCCCUGGACCCCAUCCCCACGAGUGGACCUAUGAGGAGCAGUUCAAGCAGUUGUAUGAACUUGAUGCAGAUCCCAAGAGGAAGGAAUUUCUGGAUGACCUGUUUAGCUUCAUGCAGAAGAGGGGGACACCAGUGAAUCGUGUGCCCAUCAUGGCGAAGCAGGUGCUGGACCUGUAUGCGCUGUUUCGCCUGGUGACCGCUAAGGGCGGCCUGGUAGAAGUCAUCAACCGAAAAGUGUGGCGGGAGGUCACGCGGGGCCUCAGUUUGCCCACCACCAUCACCUCAGCCGCCUUCACUCUCCGCACCCAGUACAUGAAGUACCUGUACCCGUACGAGUGCGAGACGCGGGCGCUCAGCUCCCCGGGGGAACUCCAGGCCGCCAUAGACAGCAAUCGGCGCGAGGGCCGUCGCCAGGCUUACACCGCAGCUCCGCUCUUCACCUUAGCAGGGCCACCCGCUAGGGGCGCUCCCGGCCCCGCCUCUGGCCCUGGCCCAGCCCCGCCCGCGCCUCUCUCCGGCCCUGGUUCUGGACCCGCCCAGGGUUCCGCCUCUGGCCUACCAGCGCUUGCUUGCGCCCAGCUGAGUCCCAGCCCUAUUAAGAAAGAGGAGAGUGGAAUUCCAACCUCUCAUCUGCAACUACCUGUGGGCCUUGCCUUGGGACCAGCACGGGAGAAGUUGGCAACAGAGGAGCCUCCAGAGAAGAGGGCUGUGCUAAUGAGCCCUAUGGACCCACCUCGACCCAGUGCACCCCCCAGUUUCCUGCCCCGCAGCAAAGUUCCCUUGAGGGGUGUUCUCUUUGCUCGCCGCCAGCCUGUGCCAGCUUCCCAGGGCCCAACCAACCCUGCACCCCCACCUUCUACUGGGCACCCUCCCAGCACCUUGCCCUGAGAGCUCCUAUUCAGAACUAAGAGUCCCAGCUCCAUUGCUGAGGGGGGAGGAGGCACCCUUCUGCCUUGAUUCUUUCAGGAUGCUCACUCUGGGACCCAGCCCUGGGAGAUGACCACACCCCACCUCCAUGCCAAAAGGUUUUCUUUUGAUGUUCCAUCUACCUCAUUGUAAAAGGAGGGCACCACCUCCCUAGUCAAUUCCAGCAGCAUCUACCAAAGGAUCCUUCCAGAAGCAACCCCCAUAAUCUUGUCAUAUGUCCUUUGUGUCAAUACCAUCUUUGGCACAUAGCCUUUCAGGAGCCAGGUGAAGGGUUGGAUUGGGUGUUGUUGAAGAUGUUCCUCAGGUUACAUUUCCUAAUAAAGUUGUGCUCCCUCCCA